AUGAAAGAUAUGAAGCUAUCUCGUUACAUCAUUAAGAAACCAGAAAACCAUUCUGAAGAGGAAAAUGCACCAGAUUAUGAAAAGUGCAGUGAUUACUUUAUCACAGAUCAGUCAAUCACCACCCAAGAUUCUUGGCAGCCGGGUGACUUGGCCCGUUACCGUUACGGUGUCAAUUCGUUCUUGGCUAUGAAUUAUGAAGUUAUAGACAAACAUGGAUUUCCUCGUGGCAUCCCAGUUCACGAGUCAUGCUGGAAAAUCUUCGAACGUGUUUCCAAACUUCGACUGGGGAGGGUUGAUCUCCAAGGAUUCGUGGCCCUUUGGCAUAGGUCUGCAUGCUCAAAUUGUGGUUUCCAAAAUAUUAAACAGGAAUCCAUAAUAAAGGAGUGUAAACAGCAGUGGUGGAGACAUGUUCCUGGCUCGGAAUAUCUUGCAGCCAAUCCUCACGAUAUUCCGGGAUUUUCCCUCAUACUAUUAGAGGCAUAUCAGUAUCAACAUCCUUAUGAUAGGGAGAAGGGGGCUGUUUGGCGGAAAAAACUAUUCAAUGGAGAUUCGUCGCAGCCAUAUGUGAACUCAACAGAUCAUUUCAACAAGCUUCCGAUCGAGCUCAAGCAAAAAAAAUUAUACGAACUUGGAUCUAAGGAUAUCGCAAAACUCCGCGUAGUAAGUCGCGCGUUUCGUCAACUUCUCCAACAGCUGUUUAGGCAUCUCCUUCUGAAGGACUUUCCUUGGUUCUGGGAGAUCGAUCAUAUUCAACAACGCAAAAUGGAACAAUUCCGAAAAAUGCUCCUUGAACGAUAUGGAGAAGAUCUCGCAGGACUGAGCAAAAGAGACGACUUUGAGUAUGUGCAAUUUAUUAAAGAUUGCGUCGCUAUGAAACCACCAAAUUUUAUUUGGAAGCGAGUUUAUGAUAGGGUCAAACUUUUGCAGAAAGGAAACCUGGGCGUGAGGAAUAGAGUGAGGGUCUGGGGAUUGGCGGAGAGAAUAGUGGAACGCAUUGGCCAUUUGAGUGGUAUAGAAAGUGCCGGGAAAAGAUACGAUCCAAGGUACGAGGAGGAUAACUUGCAGGUCAAACCUACGAAGGAAGAAGUUCUUAGUGGCGCUGUCAAUUAUGGGUACGAAUGUAGUGAAUGUUGUAAUUACCAGGUUGAGAGAAUGGAGAAUAUCGAGCGAAUGCCAGAUGCAUAG